AUGUUUGUUCGCAGCGUUUGGGUCAGAGAUGUGAAGAACAUGAAAUGGUCAGGAGGCGGAGCAGAUCAUUGUGACUUUGCAUACUUGGCUCUCUACUCAGAUGCGAGUGUUGUGUUGUUGGAAGGUCGGGACAAGGCAGGUGACGAUGGCGAUGGUGGUCAUGGUGGCGAUGAUGUCGUGUCGCGAGCGUUGUUGCUCGCAUGGCCUGUUUUGGAAAUCGCUCUUUCCACUCUGAGCAAUGCGGUGCGGGGCUAG